UCUAACAUGAAGUUAUCGUAUGAGAAGGAGGAAUCCAAAAAUUUCUAUGCAAGAGGGAGCUCUAAGCCUUUAUAUGCAACUAAGAUAAAUCUACCACACAGUAAAUUUUCUAGGAAUCAGAAAUAAUCAGCCUAACUUAGGUGAUUCGAAUUCUGUUGUUAUCGACUCUUCAAAAGCAUUCCCUCUUCAAAUCAAGAGAAUUCAGCAUAAACUAAGAAACUUUUCAAAGGAGAAACUCCAGAAGAUGGGUAAGAUUAACUUGCCAAAGAAUGGUUUCAAGUUAAAACUUAAAAAGGAUGGCAAUAUUCCUUGAAAACUAUUCGAUCGGUCUGAGUCUUUAGAAAACAAUAGAAGGAAUUCAGACUCGGCUAGUAUAUUUAAUAUUACCUUUGGUAAUUUCAAAAUUACUCCAAAGCAGCAAACUAAUAAUGUGCCUCUGUUUUGUAAGGGAAAGAACUUCAACUCAGAAGGCAUUCUCCCUCCCAACUUUGCAUUGGAAGAUGUGUUCCUUAAGGGCCUAUGCCGGAAGCACUUAUAGGCAAUAAGGAAAGCAACGGAACAAAAUGUUCAAGGAAUAACCAACAAUAUGUACGAUAUUUUCAUACUUCUGAUGGAGCAAGAAAGCAUAAUAAUCCUAAUCCGAACCCUUAUCGGGACUCUCAGCCAUACCUGCAACAAGACGUGAGUAUGAAUUCUCAGAAUAGCUUGCAAAUGUAUCGGAGUCAUUUAGAAAAUUCUACCAUCAAUUCUGAGGUAAGAGCAAGAUCUUGACCUGAAGAAGACUCUCCGUUCUUCAUUAAGAGACGAAUUCGUUCGUCAAAUCCUCAUUCUCGAGUGAAACGUAAGGUUCAUCCAGUGAUCAGUAAACAUUUCUUUAAGAAGCAGAUGUCAAGACAUGGCAACCGUAACAAACUGUUGAUCCAGGAAGAUGGAGAGAGUUCAUCUGAGAAGCUCCAGUCUAAAGCUGCUAGGAUCAAGAACAUCUGUAAUACAGACUCUAAGGAUCAGAAGAAGGCAGGGAAGUUGCCUAAUAAUCUAUACUUGGGGGAUAAUAAAGCUAAGCUUGACACAUUUUCAAAUUACUGAUAUAUCGAUGACCCCAAGCAGCCUUCAGCAAAGGAUUAUAUAAGUUAAUUGAAUUCUUAAUAAUUUCAA